UAACUCACCGGGAUCAUAACAUGUUUCAGUUUGAGUCGGAGCGUCACAGUGUGACACCAGCGGAACUAAAGGCGCUAGCAGCGUUAGCAUCGUUAGCUCUGUGUGUGUGUGAGGUGAAUGUUUGAGUGUGUGCAGCAACAAUGUCUUCAGUUCAGUCUCUGAGAGGGUUUAUCAGCGAGCGACUAACUGCUGCUGCUGAAGAAAUAUUCACAGAGUUUGAAAAAACCAUCGUCCGGUACGAGGAAGAGAUCGAUCGUCAGCGCAGACUGCUGGACAUCAGCUGGAAACCUCACACACACCUGCACACAACAGAUGUCCCACAGCAUCAGGUCUGGAAGGAGGAGAAGGUUCUCACUGAGCAGCAGCUUAGGAUUCAGGGGAAGAGCUCCAGUUUGGACCAGGAGGAACCAGAAACUCCAGAGGAGGAACCAGAACUUUCACAGCUGAAAGAGGAACAGGAGGAACUCUGUGUCAGUCGGGACGAAGCACAGCUUUCACUGAAACAGGAAGCUCCUGCUCAUGAGGACAGAAUUCACUGGGAACCAGAGCCAAAUUGGGACCAGUUAUUUUCUCAGAACUCUCCUGAAGCUGACCAGGAUCAGGCAGGAAGCUGGUCUGAAGACCCUGGAUCCAGCAGAGAACAGGAGCUGAAGCGAAACCAGAGAAGUCCAGAAACCAGAGAACUCAGAAAUGUUGUGGACUGUCCAGAACGAAAGAAGUCCAGAACCUAUGAUGCAACUGUGAAGCCGUUUCAGUGUGAUUCAUGUGGCAAACGUUUCUCAAAGGGUUCUCACCUGAACGAUCACGUUAGAACCCACACAGAGGGUUGA